AAGCCGUGUGUGAUAAAAAACACGAACUAAAUAUUAUCUUUUUAUUGUGAGGCCUCGUUUAUUAUUUAUUUAGUUUGUCACUAUCCGGAAUAUGCUCAAAGUGUGUAUUCUUCGUUGUAACAAAUAAUUAGACACUUAUUUUUUUCAUAUAUGAUAAAGUUUUAAAUUUACGGACAUAAAGAUUGAAAUUAAGUUGGUAGUUAAACAUGUUGUGGGUUUUGGCAGCAGUAGCGUUGUUAUUGUGUUUUAUUCACAUUUUGUUGAAUUACAAUAAAAGGGCGCGUUUAAUAAAAAAUGUCCCGGGACCUAAGGGUUGGUUUAUAGUAGGCAAUGCUUUUGACGUAUCAACGACUCCAGUGGGAUUGUUUCAACAAAUGAGAGAUUAUUCUAAAAUAUGGAAAUCCAUAAACGGCUUCUGGUCUUUUCCUAUAGCAGCUGUGAAUGUUUACCAUCCAGAUGAUGUCGAGGUUGUUAUUUCAAACACAAAACACAAUGCAAAAAGUCCAUUAUAUGGGUUUUUAAGGAGCUGGUUGAGUGACGGAUUACUUUUAAGUAAAGGUUCGAAAUGGCAAUCCCGCAGAAAAUUACUCACGUCAACGUUCCAUUUCAACAUUUUACGUCAGUUUUGUAGGAUACUGGAGGACAACAGCCACCGCUUGGUGCAAAAUGUCGGCAAAUCAUUGGGACAAUCAGUUGACAUUGUUCCAAUUAUCACAGAAUAUACUCUGCAGUCUAUAUGUGAAACAGCGAUGGGAUCUCGGCUAUCAGAAGAGACACAAGAAGUCGCUAGAUCUUAUAAAGAAGCUGUACACGCUCUCACGAAUCAAUUCGUUCACAGAGUAAGUCGACUAUAUCUUCAUUCAGAUCUUAUUUACAACUUGGUUAACUUUGGAAAACCUAAGAAGGAUUUAGACACCGCCCAUAAGUUUACUAAGAAAGUCAUCAAUAACAGAAAAGAAUACAUUAAAAAGAAUGGAAUUAAUGUGAUUGGCGACAAUAACGAAAAUACCGAUGAAAACAUUUAUACGAAACCUAAAAAAGUUGCAAUGCUAGAUCUCCUUAUAACAGCACAAAAGGGAGGUUUAAUAGACGACACUGGAAUUCAAGAAGAAGUUGAUACGUUUAUGUUUGAGGGCCAUGACACGACUGCAUGCGGCAUAACGUACAGUCUAAUGCUGAUCGCCAAUCAUAAAGAUGUACAGGACAAAAUAGUGGCAGAACUGGACGAAAUAUUUGACGAUUCCAAUCGUCAAGCAGAUUUAGAUGAUUUGUCUAAGAUGCGGUAUUUAGAGAGGUGCAUCAAAGAAUCACUGCGGUUGUAUCCGCCUGUUCCAGCCAUUGGUCGUAUAUUAAGCGAAGACGUCAUAUUAAGUAAGGACAUAGAAAUCAGGUGUCAAAUUCUCGAUGUUACUAGUAUAAUAUGUUUGAUCAGAAGAUGAGGCCAGAGCUCAACUGUGGCAUAGUAGCUCUGAUAAG